AUGGAGUCACUGCUCAACGCGGCGGUGAGCUCCUCGAGUAAAAAUACCGACCUCUACCAGAGAUCCCACUCGUUCGCCACGACCCAGAUGGACGAAGACCCUGCGAGGUCGACCGUCCUGGCAUCUACGCCAAUCGGUCACGAAAUGGCCAUGAACUCGGACUCGCGACUGGAAACUCCUGUGGCGCAAAUCCCCAGCAUGGCGCCGCCCGACGAGGUCAGCAGAGACAACCAGCAAAACACUCUCGUGUCGCGCGCGGAUCUCCCAGGCGCCCCCUUGUCGACCGAGGAAUAUCCAACUCCAGACAAGACCGAGGAUGCUUCCCGAACUUCGCCGUCCUGCGGGUUCUCCCCCUUUUCGCCUCAGGGCAUUCAAUGUGCCAUUGAAUGGACUCCUGGAGUCAAAGACCGGCAGACUCUGCUAGCGGCAGCUCAAGAUACUACCAUGAAAGAAACUUGGAAGUCGAAUUUCUUCAGCUCUUCCUUUGGUCGCCGUGUCUGGGUGCAGCUUCCGUCGAAGGAAGAGGCGAUGACGACCGUCGAGCAGUAUUUCCGUGACUUCAACAGCAUAGUGCCACUGUUCUGCACCUCGCCAUUCAUGGCCUUGUUCGAACAACAGUACUCGUCCAAUCCCCCGGAGAGUGCGGGAUGGUGGGCCAGCCUGAGCGUUGUCAUGUCGAUUGCGUUGGGGACAAAGCCCAUUAAAGAUGGGGAUUGUGCCGCAAUUGAACAGGCCAGAGACUUUCUUCGAAACAGCCUUGCCGUGCUGACCGAGCUGUUUCUCCAAUCUAACGACCCGUGGGUUGUACCAGCGCUGAUCGGAACGGCCCUGAUCCUGCAAGGUACACCAGAUCCCCGCCCAGCAACGGCGUUACUCGCCUCGGCGAAGAGCCUGCUGGCAGAUCUUGCCACCAACCGAAGAUCCCUGUCCAAGCUUGACAGCAGUGACAUGGAGCACCAAAAUCGACUUUUUUGGAUAGCGUAUCGUCUCGACAAUGAUCUACGCAUCCGGUCGGGACUCCCUUUGUCUUCGGAACUGGAUACGCGCCAUAUUGAGCUCCCCAGUCCAAACCCGGUGGAUCAGCUCGGAAUCAUGACAUUUCCAAAUGGGCGGGGAAAUUUCAACAUCUUCAGAGCCAUGGCGGAGUUUGCAGUCAUCGAGGCAGCCGCCCACCGAGAGUUACAUUCUGCCAAGCGAUCAGAGCGCUCCGACGAGGACCUUUUGACCAUCAGCGCUGAACUGGACCUCAAGCUGGAAAAGUGGAAGGAAAGCAUUCCUCUCGAAGUUCAGCCGGAUUACGAUGUGACGUUCAAGCUCGACGACCCACGGAUCUUACAUGUGCUUGUUUUACACUUCGCUUAUCACAACUGUGUGCAAACGAUCCACCGACUUGCUUUACAGCACAGCUCCUGGGCGGCUUUACCCAACAAGCCAUCCAGUGAAGCCCGUCCUACGGGUUCGGCAGGCCAGUUGUUCCAGUCCAAUGCGAUGAUCAGUUUCGCCGCCCGAGCCUCUUUACGACUAUUGAGACACAUUCCUGAGAUGGCGUUCGGAUACGUCUGGAGGGUCCUCUUUUACCCGGCCAAUGCCUUUAUUGCGACUUUUACCGCCAUCCUGCAGAAUCCGACCGGUGCCAGGGUUUGCUCGGAUCUUGCGCUCAUGGGGUGCUUUGUGAAGUUUCUCUCGAGUCCACACAAUGAGGACAGUCCCGAGAUCAAGCGCAUCAUCAGAGUGAGCUCGGACUUUGAGCGGAUCGCCGCAAAGGUGGUGGAACGGGCCGAGAACAAGUGCGAGGCUACGUGCGCGACACCGGACUUGAAUACUAUCCAUUGGGAGGUCCAAGGUCACAGAGUGGAUGCUGUACCAAGCGCCGAACCACUCGCGUUCACCGCGGCCCAGGAAUACAUGAAUGAGCAACAUGGAGACGGAGGGUUUUUGACCAGACUCGACGGUUCCAUUCUCGUCUCGGACUUUUCCUAUCAGCCAUAUUCUAGCUUGUUGGAUGAGCCCUUUGAAAUCCCUGGACUGCAAUUCUUCCACGGCGACACUAUCACAAUCCCCCUACAAGCAAUAUGA